AAAAGUAUGGAUCCACUGGCAUUUCUGGAACGUGAAUGCCUUAAGAAAAACAUAUAUGUAAAUACCGCCAACGAUCAAGAGAUCGAUAGAUGUAAAGCAAGCGUUACGGUAACAGAGGAUACUGCUGAUACGCUGAGUACUGAACCAGAAAUUGUAGCAUGCUAUACAUAUCCCCAAAGGCAUACACAGUCGCCAGUAAAGGAUGCUGAGAGAACACGAAAGUUGAAACGUAACAAUAGAAGCUCUAGAAGCAGAUCUCGGAGUCGGGAUCGUAACUUGCAUAGUAAGAAAAGAAGAGAGUCUGUUGAAGAUAGUACUAUAACCAACCGAGGCAAAAUAGAGAAGGACAAACGUCAGUAUAUUAAUGAGAACAAGGCCGUAAGACAAGGUACUACACAAGGAUACCAAAUGUCUGAUAUAGAUCGCAUGAUAAUACGCCAAGAAGAGAUUUUAAUGAGGCAAUCGGAAAAAUUCCUAAAACACGUAAAGCAAAUCGUUGAUGAAGAUCAGUAAUGUAUAU